UAUGUGUCUCUUAAAUUCUUAAAAUUAAUACAAUUUAUUAAAGUAACAUUUUUUCUCUCUCCAAACAUUUUUUCUCUCUGGGAGACCUUGUCUUCUUAUUAUUCUCUCUCUCUAGACAUGGAUUCUGUACUCAUACCUAGAAUCCAUAAACCCUAAUAAACGGACUUUUUAUCUGGAUUCACAGACUGAAACAAGAGAACGCACAGGAAAAUAACUUAUCGGUUCUGUAUUGGAGUAUGUAUAGAUCUGGAGGUCUGAUGGCUUGGAAUGUAUUCAGGUUCUGUACAGCCCUGCGAGGCUUGGGCUCGAUCAUGAUCUUGUUGGUACUCGGCGUUGUUUCUAUAACUUAUUACGCCGUAGUCGUCUCCAAUUACGCCCCGGCUUUGUAUGACGGUGGUCUCGAUUCGCUCAUUGCACUCGUUGUUUUGAUCUUGUUUCAUUGUCUGUUGGUGAUGCUAUUAUGGAGUUACUUUUCUGUUGUUUUUACGGAUCCGGGUACCGUGCCGCCGAAUUGGAGGCCAAUGUUGGACGAGGAAAGAGGGGAUGCUGAUCCAUUAACUGGGUCUGAAUUUGGUGGUUUGCCGGCGGAUCCAGCAAACCCAAGGAUCCGAUAUUGUCGGAAGUGCAACCAACUAAAACCACCUCGGUGCCAUCAUUGUUCUGUUUGUGCGAGGUGUGUGCUAAAAAUGGACCAUCACUGUGUGUGGGUUGUGAAUUGUGUUGGGGCAUUGAACUACAAAUAUUUCCUUCUUUUUCUGUUCUACACAUUCUUAGAGACAAGUCUUGUGACUUUAUCGUUACUGCCACAUUUUAUGGCAUUCUUUACUGAUGAAGAGAUUCCUGGGUCACCAGGCACUCUGGCAACGACUUUUCUUGCAUUUGUCUUGAACCUAGCAUUUGCACUGAGUGUUCUGGGGUUUCUGAUUAUGCACAUGUCAUUGGUGGCUGCUAAUACCACCACUAUUGAGGCAUAUGAGAAGAAGACCACUCCAAAAUGGCGCUAUGACCUUGGUCGAAAGAGGAACUUUGAACAGGUGUUUGGGAUAGACAAGCUCUACUGGUUCAUCCCUUCUUACUCAGAAGAAGAUUUAAGACGUAUGCCGGCCCUUCAGGGUCUUGAAUAUCCAUCAAAGCCUGACUUGGAUGCGCAAGAGUUUUAAGAUCAUUCAUGUCACAUUCAGAAAGUCGGGUUAAUUGUAACAGUAGCCCCGAGCCUCUGCAAAGUGUUCAAUUUACAAUUCUAAUAUACUGAACAGGUUGUAACUCUGGGCUGUGAUUCAACCAUUCCCACCGGCAUCAUCUUGCAGAAUAAGGUUAAGAGGUAUCACUCUGAUCAUGGAGCAGCUCGGGCAUAACAGUGUAUGUAUUGCAGAAAAACGGGGAUCGCCUGACAGGCUAAUAUCUAUUUCAUGUUUUUAUCAUCAAUUUUUGAAAAUGUGGGAACUGUUAGGUAAGGAAUGGACAGAUUCAUGCGGUGUGGCAUGCUGAUGAUCCCAUAGGUUUUUAUACGGUUCACUAGUAAUGUAAAAUUAACAGCUAGUCGUCGGGAAUGGUGUAUGAUGGUUGUGAUAUUUUCCUUUGAAUAUUUAUUCUCACAGGUUAAGUGCUUCUGA